AGAAGCCGCAGCGCAAGGCGCCGCUGCUGCCACCCGGGGCCGGCUCACCUUGCGCCAUGGACUGGCAGCCAGAUGAGCAGGGCCUGCAGCAGGUCCUGCAGCUGCUCAAAGACUCGCAGUCGCCCAACACAGCCACGCAGCGCAUCGUGCAGGACAAACUCAAACAACUGAACCAGUUUCCCGACUUCAACAACUACCUGAUCUUUGUCCUGACCAGACUCAAGUCGGAAGAUGAGCCAACUCGUUCCCUCAGUGGUCUCAUCCUCAAGAACAACGUGAAGGCACAUUACCAGAGCUUUCCGCCACCUGUGGCCGACUUCAUCAAACAGGAGUGUCUCAACAACAUUGGCGAUGCCUCCUCACUCAUCCGAGCUACCAUAGGCAUUCUCAUCACCACCAUCGCUUCCAAGGGCGAGCUGCAGAUGUGGCCCGAGCUGCUGCCCCAGCUGUGCAACCUGCUCAACUCGGAGGAUUACAACACCUGUGAGGGAGCCUUCGGAGCCCUGCAGAAGAUCUGCGAAGACUCAUCUGAGCUCCUGGACAGUGAUGCCCUCAACAGGCCACUCAACAUCAUGAUCCCCAAGUUCUUACAGUUCUUCAAGCACUGCAGCCCAAAGAUCCGGUCCCAUGCCAUCGCCUGCGUGAACCAGUUCAUCAUGGACCGGGCCCAGGCACUGAUGGACAACAUUGACACCUUCAUCGAGCACCUGUUCGCCCUGGCCGUGGACGAUGACCCCGAGGUGCGGAAGAACGUGUGCCGUGCCCUGGUGAUGCUGCUGGAAGUGCGGAUCGACAGGCUCAUCCCCCACAUGCACAGCAUUAUCCAGUACAUGCUGCAGAGGACCCAGGACCACGAUGAGAACGUGGCCCUGGAGGCCUGUGAGUUCUGGCUGACGCUGGCCGAGCAGCCCAUCUGCAAGGAAGUCCUGGCCUCCCACCUGGUCCAGUUGAUCCCCAUCCUGGUAAAUGGAAUGAAGUACUCAGAAAUUGACAUCAUUCUGCUCAAGGGGGACGUGGAGGAGGACGAGGCAGUCCCCGACAGUGAGCAGGACAUCAAGCCACGUUUCCAUAAGUCCCGCACAGUGACGCUGCCCCAUGAGGCUGAGCGGCCUGAUGGCUCAGAGGACGCGGAGGAUGAUGAUGAUGACGAUGCUUUGUCCGACUGGAAUCUGAGGAAGUGCUCGGCAGCUGCGCUGGAUGUCCUGGCCAACGUCUUCCGGGAGGAACUGCUGCCCCACCUACUCCCCCUGCUCAAGGGUCUCCUCUUCCACCCUGAGUGGGUGGUCAAAGAGUCAGGCAUCCUGGUGCUGGGUGCCAUCGCUGAGGGCUGCAUGCAGGGCAUGGUGCCCUACCUGCCUGAGCUGAUCCCGCACCUCAUCCAGUGCCUGUCGGACAAGAAGGCCCUGGUCCGCUCCAUUGCCUGCUGGACGCUGAGCCGCUACGCCCACUGGGUGGUCAGCCAGCCACCCGACAUGCACCUCAAGCCUCUGAUGACAGAGCUGCUCAAGCGCAUCCUGGAUGGCAACAAGAGGGUGCAGGAGGCAGCCUGCAGUGCCUUCGCCACCCUGGAGGAGGAGGCCUGCACAGAGCUGGUGCCCUACCUCAGCUAUAUCCUGGACACCCUUGUCUUUGCCUUUGGCAAGUACCAGCACAAGAACCUGCUCAUCCUCUACGACGCCAUCGGCACCCUGGCCGACUCGGUGGGCCACCACCUCAACCAGCCGGAAUACAUCCAGAAGCUGAUGCCUCCGCUGAUCCAGAAGUGGAACGAGCUCAAGGAUGAAGACAAGGACCUCUUCCCUCUGCUGGAGUGCCUGUCAUCGGUGGCCACUGCCCUGCAGAGUGGCUUCCUGCCCUACUGCGAGCCCGUCUACCAGCGCUGUGUCACCCUGGUGCAGAAGACUCUGGCCCAGGCCAUGAUGUACACCCAGCACCCUGAGCAGUACGAGGCCCCUGACAAGGACUUCAUGAUUGUGGCGCUGGACCUGCUCAGUGGCCUGGCCGAGGGCCUGGGUGGCCACGUGGAACAGCUGGUGGCCCGCAGCAACAUCAUGACGCUGCUCUUCCAGUGUAUGCAGGACUCAAUGCCUGAGGUCCGGCAGAGCUCCUUCGCGCUCCUGGGAGAUCUCACCAAAGCCUGCUUCAUCCAUGUCAAGCCCUGUAUCGCUGAGUUCAUGCCCAUCCUGGGCACCAACCUGAACCCUGAGUUCAUCUCUGUCUGCAACAAUGCCACCUGGGCCAUUGGCGAGAUCUGCAUGCAGAUGGGGGCAGAGAUGCAGCCCUACGUGCAGAUGGUCCUCAACAACCUGGUGGAGAUCAUCAACCGGCCCAACACACCCAAGACGCUGCUGGAAAACACAGCCAUCACCAUCGGCCGCCUGGGCUACGUGUGCCCACAGGAGGUGGCACCCAUGCUGCAGCAGUUCAUCCGGCCCUGGUGCACGUCCCUCAGGAACAUCAGGGACAAUGAGGAGAAGGACUCGGCCUUCCGAGGCAUCUGCAUGAUGAUAGGCGUCAACCCCGGGGGCGUCGUGCAGGACUUUAUUUUCUUCUGCGACGCUGUAGCCUCCUGGGUGAGCCCGAAGGAUGACCUUCGGGACAUGUUUUAUAAGAUUCUCCACGGCUUCAAAGACCAAGUUGGGGAGGAGAACUGGCAGCAGUUCUCAGAGCAGUUCCCGCCUCUGCUCAAGGAGAGGUUGGCUGCCUUCUAUGGGGUCUAGAUGAGCGUCACGACUGCCAGGUUUCUGUCUGCGUCGUUGGAGGGGUUGCUGGGGAGCGCGCUGCGUCCUGAAGUCGCCGUGCCCUGGUCGAGGGGGGUUAGGGAGGAGUGAGCGGGACCCAAAUCCAGACGCCUUCCCCGUCCACCUACCUGCCAUGGGUGUGUGUGGCCUGGCGGCCAACGGGCAGGUGGGUGGGGUCUCCACACUCAUCCUACAAACGGGAGGGGGGGGUGGGACUUCUUGGCAGCAAGGGCCCUUUGUUCUCAGUCGGGGUCACCUCAGGCA